ACCGCAACGCGCUGCCGGCGCGGACAGCGCCGCCAUGGAGAGCCGCCCGGGAUGGGAGGUCCUGCGAGAGCCCUGCGGAGAUAGCAGCGGGGCGGGGAGUGCCCGGCGGGGCUGAGCGGUAUAUAUAAAGACUGCUGGCUGCCAGCUGGCGUGUUAUGGCUGUCACAGAGCAGUAAGAUGUUGAGUGUUUUGCACUGAGUGAAAACGAAGACCUGAAGCUGUUCUCAAUAGGCUGCUUGGAAAAGAAUAUAGGAGAAGCUUUUCAGGAUAUUGCCACUCCCGUGCUGAUAACAACAAACCAGUAUAUGUUUUUAAUAGCAGGAACACGGGCAGCAGAGCAGCACCCUGCAGGGCCCAGGCAGGCCGGCAGCACGGAGCCAUCUGACGAGGAGCCGCCUGGAGAAGGACUCGAUCAUCAUGAGGUGAUGGGAGAUGGUGACCAAGGUGUGCUUGAGCCAGAGGGCCCAUUCAGUGCAUCGCCUGAGAAUGCAUCUCCUGUUGCCAGUACAAAUUCCUCUACUUUACCUGAAUUAAUACGUUCAGAAAGGGAAGAAGAAACAUCUCGAAAUGCAGUGCUGUCAGAGAAUGUGACGAGUUCAACAGGGACAGGAAGCGUAAUUGAGGGUACUCAAACUGUUAUGUGGAGUAGGGCUGAAUUUCAUGAAACUACCCAGUCUGAGAAGUUGUGUCUUGAAGUUUUACCUAGCAAAGCAGCUCAACAGGAUUAUCACAUGCCAGAUGUCAUCGCUGUCAGAGUACAAAUGGAUUCUGAUUCAUUCCAUGAUGUAGCUGUGAAAAUUGAAAGACCUACUUUUCGUAAACCAUUUCUGGGUGGAUUUAAGAACAGAGUAACGGGAGUGGAAUUUCAUAAUGCAGGGUCACAAACAGUACCCAAGAAAAGACCUGAAAAAGGAACUACAUUAUUUUGUAGAGAAACACAGACGGUUUUUGAAAGAAAUAGAUAUCAACAAACAACGAAUCCAACGUCAACACAGAUGACUAAAAGGGGCCUGUAUGUGUCAAACAUGAGUGACAAACUAAUAACCCCUGGAAAGUACCUUACAGCAGAGGAAUACCAUAAGCGUCGACUUGAAGCAGUAAUAGUAUUACAGAAAUAUUUCCGUCGUUGGCAUGCUAGAAAUGUAGUGCAAAAUCUGAAGGAAAAAAAGAGAUUAAGGCUGGCAUGGGAAGCACAAGAAGAGUUACAAAGGAAAAAAGAAAAAGAAGACAAACUGAGAAUGGAGCAGGAGAGAAAACUGAACCCUAAAACCAAAGAAGAUUUUGAGCUGCUUUACCACGCUUUAGAAUUAUGGAGGCAGGAGGAGACGGAACGGAUUAACAGAACUCUUACUGGAGCUGAAAGAAAAGCAGCGCUUUGUGGACUUCUAGAACAAGAGACAGAGCUGAUUGCUUCCAUUGGGAGACACAAGCUAAAUGCAGACCAGGACAAUCAACAAAAAGCAGUACUGCGCUUUCUGGAUAAGUGUGCACAACCUAAGAGAUGGAAAGCAUGUGAUGGAAAAAUCACUGAAAUGGAUACACAGUACACACUCCGUGCCAGAGAACUACUUGAAAUCUACCGCAGUGUUAGCAUGAAUGACAUCCCAAAAGAUGAGAGAAGAGACGUGCUGUUACUGCUCAGAGGUACAGUGAAGGAACAUGAAUGUAAAUUAACAGAGGAAAUAGUGGAGUUAAUUGACAGGGAACUUGAUCUUAUGGCAAGAGAAGUAAAAGAAUGCAACUUAGAAGGACUGAGGAAAAGAAUUUGUACACUAUUUCUUCAGUAUAUUAAAAUUCCGAAGUUUAACCCCGAAGUUGCAAAGAUACUUAAGGUUCCACCAGAUCCCUUAAAGCUUUAUAAAAACAUUCACUUCUGUCGCAGUUGUGAAAAUUACUUACCAGCUUCUGAGUUUCCUAUUCCUGCUAAUUCCCGCACCAUUGGCAGAUGUCACUUGUGUUGCAAGCUUGAUAAUGAGGCUCGGCGACGAGAAUCAUUUCUGAAGUACAGACUUAUUCUAGAAAGUCUCAGAAAGUCUGAAGCUGAUUAUCAGGAUGAUGCUACAAUUGUUUUCUUAGUUCAGCAGCAGCAUCUGCAGUACAUGAUUGAGAACAUAUGGGGCUGUCAGUCAGCUCUUAGUGCUUGCAAUGACCUCUAUGAUUUGGUUAUGGUCAGAUGGGAUAAGCAGCAAGAGUGGUCUCCGUGGAACACUAUUCUCCUCACUAAAGAUGAAGCAGAUGCACAUCUUAAGCUGGAUAACCUUCAAGAGGCUUACGAAGCACCAUUUAUUCAUGGAAUAAAGCAUAAGCAUAUCCGGGCAAAGAAGUACUUUGCUCAGAUCCCGGUGAUGACAUCACUUUUCCACAGGAGUGACAAGCAGGCUAAUGCAAGUUAAUUUUUAAUAGCUAUCCAUAUUCAUACUGAUAUGAAAACGUAACUCUUCAGCUAAGAUAACAGAAGUCAAAGAACUUCACUGAAUUAUUUAUUAGUACAGUUCCUCUGCUUUUAAAGAAAUAUGUUGUUUCGCCAACACCUUAACUGUAUUACACAGAUCAAAAUAAAAUUCUGAGUAUAAAAUAAUUCAGUCCUGAUCAGUCCACGUAACUGCAUUUCGUGCUUAGUAACCUCAUUAUUUAAAACACAGAUGAUUGUUGAUGAGCUAUUUACAUUCAUGAGCCAUGACUGUUUUGCUUUGUAUGCCUGUGUUACUUGGAAUAUUUUGUUUGCGGAGUAAUAUUUUUGAUGAGGUAAUUAAGCUAGAUCUUUAUUGUCUUUUACUUAUAAAAGUAAGACUAAAUAUAUGAAAUGUAUUUCUCUGGUCUUAAGCAUUAGGCAGAAAACGCAUAAAAAACCCAUCAUAUCAUAACCUAUCGAAAAACAAAAUUGAUAUACUUUUCCAAAAAAAGCUACUAUACCUGGGAAACAUUGGUAUAAAAAAGUCACCAAUCUUUCCGUGGCUCAUCCUGUUGGUCAUAAUGGAACUGCCAGCAUACAGUUAUCGGAUCCAAGAUCUUAAAGUUAUUGUGAAUCAGGCUUAACAUUUGAAAGUGCAGACUGUUCAGAACGUGUUUGUUUUUUGAGAGGCUUGUGUUAUUUAAAGUAAAAGUUAAUUGCAUCCCUAAACUUACACAGUUACGUUUAUGUUUGAUGAUAGUUAGAGAGGAAAAUAUUGUAUGGUGUACGUUCAUAGAACCAUAGAAUGGUUUGGGUUGGAAGGGGCCUCUUUAAGAUGAUCUAGUUUCAACCCCCUGCUAUAGGCAGGGACACCUCCCUCUAGGACCCUUUUGGUCAAGCCUUGAAUGCUUCCAGGGAGGGGACAUCCACAACCUCACUGGGCAACAUGUUCCAGCGUCUCACCACCCUUACAGUAAAGAAUUUCUUCCUGAUAUCUAAUCUAAAUCUACCCUCUUCCAGUUUAAAGCCAUUUCCCCUCAUGCUGUCCUUACAUGCCCUUAUUAAAUUGGACCUUGUUUCAGCCUUCCAGUACUUAAAGUGAGCUUAUAAACAGGAAGGAGAUGGACUUUUUACAUAGGCAGAUAGUGACAGGGCAAGGGGGAGCAUUUUUAAACUAAAAGAAGAGAGAUUUAGAUUAUGUAUUAGGAGGAAAUUUUUUACUCAGAGAGUAGUGAGGCGCUGGCACAGCUGUCCAGAGAAGCUAUGGAUGCCCCAUCCCUGGAGGUGCUCAAGACCAGAUUGGAUGGGGACCUGGGCAGCCUGAGCUGGUGGGUAGCAACUCUGCCCAUGGCAGGGGAGAUGGAACCAGAUGUUCCUUAAGGUGCCUUCCAACCCAAGUCAUUCUGUGAUUCUAUGAAUUGCUUAGGGCUUUAUCCAUUCAUGUCUUCAAAAUGCUCAUGGAUGGAGAAUGCACAACUUCUAGUAGCAAUCUGGUCCAGUGCCUGACUCAACUUAAAAAAGAAAUUUACACUCCUAUCCAGUUGAAAGCUGCUUUCUUUCAGUGAAGUCUGCUGUCUCUUUUACUGUGCACACCUGCCUUAAUUUUUGUAAUUUCUUCCUAAAUUUCAAAAAGCUUCUGUCAGGAUUUUCCUAAGCCUUCUGUUCUCCUUCUCUGUUUCAGUCUGAACAAGUACAGUCUCUCCUCCUAUGUCAAGUGCUUCUGCCUCCUUUGCUUCUUAGUGGAAUGCUGUUGAACUUGCUCCAUUUAUCAUAGUCCUCUUGAUUUGAGGGACGUGAAACUAGAUUCAGAGUUAUGAAUUCAUGCUUAAAGAGCUCUAGAUUCUGCAUUCACUUGAGCAUUAGCAACCAAGCCUAUUUUAGCCUGCUAGAGAAUUGCUCACAAACAGGUUUUUUUUGGUUGUUUGUUUAUGCAGAAGUCCACUUGACUGUUAUCUAGGACGUGGCUGUCUUGUGAUUUUGAACUUUCAGGGGAAGGAAAUAAAUAACUACCUGCACAUACAGUGAAAA